GACAAGACAGUGUAUAUUUGCCUUCGAAACGCGUACGACGUGUUUACGAACGUCGCUCUCACUCUUUAUAUAUUCAGCCAUAAGAGAAAUUAUUAUAACAAUAACAGUAUACCAAUAAUAAUUUAAAUUCGUCUUCGUUAGUCAUUAAUUUCUGCACUUCGGCAAAUUUAGACAAAUAUAUAUUGCUAUUAAAAUAAUGUAAUCCGCCACCGUUAAUAACAACAACAACAACGUGAGGAUACUUUAACCGGGAUUGAGAACGAAUAGUGUAUCGCUCCGAGACGUUCCGGCGCAUUUCCGCGGUGAAUCGUAGUGUGUACCAGCAGUAGUUAUUACCACAAAGUCUCCGAAAAAUAAAUGGAUCAUACCUCAGCCACAAUCAGCUAGACAACGCAGAAAUGUGUGCAAAAUCCCGUCGUGACCACUUGUGAAGAAGAGUGUUAGUUUUCAUCUGUCAUCCGAAUGCAACAAACGGUCACCGACGUGCUGCACAACAUUCAUCGACAUCGGCGGUCCAGCGCCUGCUGUGAUUAUUACAACCUCGUGUUGUGUUGUUAUCCUUUCGGUCAAUUCAACGUGCAAUCAGAUCUAUCAUUUGCCGCACGAAAGCAGAACUAGCCGAGAGAAAAAGAACGAGCGAGAGCGAGUGACAAGGAGAGGUUUCUAUGUUGUAGAAUUCGUCCUCGUCGCACCGCGCACACACCACACCGCGCACACAUUUACACUCGCGGCCCGGGUGAAAAAGCGCGCAUCGAAAGUGAAGACUCCAGUGUGAAACCUAGACAGUGUUUCGCGUAAGUGUGAUAAAUCAUUUCUCGCUCAUCACACGCGCAGCCGACGACAUUGUGCAAAGAGCUCUCCUCGCUCGUUGAACCGAAAUGCAAGUAAUUAAUAUUCUUUUUUUCGGCUGCUGAAAAUUCAUCGUCGCGGUAGACGUCGUGGGAUGUUUGUGUACUAUUUCUACUAUUGAUCGAACAUUUUUCGCGUGUUUUGUCAUAAAAAAAGACAAUUAUUUCGUUCGUACGUCCGCUCGUUAAAGGAAGAUCGUCGCGCGUUGGCAAAAAGAAACAAGCGUGAGUAAAACAACAAAAUCACAACGCGCUGUAACAAGUUAUGAUAAAACUGUGAUUCUAGUUUAUAACUAAGUGGAAUUUUAUUUAAGAUUGCAACAAUCACGAGAGAAACAAAAAUAUACGUAAUACGGGAAGAGUAAAAUCACCAUCUGGAACUGUCGGUACGGUCCGUGUGUGCGCGUGCUAGUGUGAAAGAGAAAAUUAUCAUUAAUCAAAUCCGGGUAAAACGGUAAACACAUCAAGCAUGGAAAUAAACCAAGUGUGAUUUUGCUUGGGCAAGAGUAAACGAAUUUUAUGUUUUUUUCCUGAUCCCAUCUAUUGGAUGAUUCUUAAACCAAUGCUUUCUGUUAUGAGAUACUUCUGCGAUUUCCUAUGAUUUACCGGGAGCGUUAUCGGUAUUACAGAAAGCAUAAAAAUAAGUAACUUGCGACGCUCCUGGAACUAGUACAAGCUUCACAGAGACUGUGAGGUUGAGUUGUGGUGAAGAAGUGGCAAUAGUGUUGUGUAUGUAUUGUUUAAGUGAAAAGUGAAAUAUUUUUAGUUAUUGAGUUUUUGUUGAUUGGUUUCUAAGCGGUGGAACAAGUGUACCCGCCGCUUACGUCGCAGAAAUUGAUGGCACAGCCUAGGUACGACGAUGGCCUGCACGGCUAUGGAAUGGACGGUGGAGCAGCGGCAAUGUACGACCCCCACGCAGGCCAUAGGCCGCCUGGGUUAUCCGGUUUACCUCCACAUCACUCACCUCACAUGAACCAUGCUGCGGCUGCAUCAGUCGGCAUGCAUGGUUACCAUGGAACCUCUAGUCAUGUAUCACCAGCCACGAGUCACAUGGGUGCAGUGCAACCAGAUGUGCAUAAACGUGAUAAAGAAGCUAUUUAUGGUCACCCGCUAUUCCCGCUAUUGGCACUAAUAUUCGAAAAAUGUGAACUAGCGACGUGUACGCCUCGAGAACCAGGUGUCGCGGGUGGUGAUGUCUGUUCGUCAGAUUCCUUUAGUGAAGAUGUGGCAGUAUUUAGUAAACAGAUACGGCAAGAAAAACCCUACUAUGUGGCAGACCCCGAAGUAGACUCACUUAUGGUGCAAGCAAUUCAAGUACUACGGUUUCACCUCCUAGAACUUGAAAAAGUGCACGAACUAUGCGAUAAUUUCUGCCAUCGAUAUAUUUCAUGUUUAAAGGGUAAAAUGCCAAUAGAUUUAGUGAUUGACGAACGGGACACCACCAAACCACCAGAAUUAGGCGGUGCCAAUGGCGAGGGUAGAAGUAAUGCAGAUUCAACAUCACAUACAGAUGGAGCUAGCACACCAGACGUUCGGCCGCCAAGUUCAUCGAUAUCCUACAGUGGAGCAGUGAACGACGACGUCCGGUCACCUGGUUCUGGGAGUACGCCUGGACCUCUAUCAGCACAACCUCCUCCCGGCCUUGACACUCCUGACCCUGACGGUAAGUUCCAUCAUUUUUGAAGCGGUAAUUCCAAACAACAUUGAGUAACGCGUAAGUCAGUGAGCUACACAUAAAUCGAAAAAAAUGUGUUACUUAUCAAUAUCGAUCCAUAAGUCGUACUAACAAUUAGAUCAAACAUGAUAUCAAUCAUUUAAUGAGAAAUGGUGGCUUUGAGUAGUGAAUAUGUUCCUAUGAUUGAUAUAUUAAUAGGUUGAUAAGCUGCUAAUUUGUAAUUUUAUCAUAUUUUGAAUAAUUAUCAAGCGCCAACGUCUGAUAACUCAAAUAAGUUCUUUAUCUUUUCUGAUAAUCAUUGCGAACAUAUUAGAAAAUACAGAUCAAAACUUAUGUGCAAGUUUUUUUUUAAUCUAUGAAGUACACGCGUUUUGCAUUCAACCCUAUAUAUUAGUGAGUGUAUUUUCUGAUUAUUAGCCAACAUGAUUUAGUACGGUCCCAUCGACACCUCACGGUAGGCAGAGUUAUUGAGAUGCAAUCGUCGUGUGUUAGAGCACCGCAUACUAUGCCGGAGUGUCGAAAAUUGAUUCAUGAUGUAUCGCAUCCGACAGGCCAGUAUACGCCAUAUAAAUGCAACUGAUUAAACACACAACAAGUCAUUAUUGAUACAUACCAAGUCAGGGUCUGUCAGAAUCUCACUGGACCAUGAUAGACAGCUAAAGCAAAGAGUGCUGCGCGUUGCUCGCAAAGAUCUCUUAAUUAUUUUUUGCCUUCCGUGCACUUCGCCGAACACAUUUUCUUGAUUAAACUAUACGAAGUGGCUACUGCAUGCUAUAAGAUAGCACUAUAUCACUCAUCAUGCCGAACUCAUAAGGGAGCUAAAAGUUGUUAUUUUGUACGCUAAACUCUAACAACACACAUUAUGUGCUACUGUUUUGAUCGCACAUUUGAUCAAUGCGAUCCUGAUUUAAUAACACAGUAAAUUUUUGAAACGGUUGAUACAAAAGCAGAUCCUCCUCAUUUUGUAUUUGUCGUCAGGGCCGGUAUCGAAAAAUUAUUGCCCAGCAGCACAAAAUCUAUGAACUGAGAACAUCGGUGUUUGCGUUCAGUGUUCUCUAAGUAAAUUAUACAUUGAGAAUGACAGAAACGAUUUCUGUAAAUUUUAUCACAAUGAACAUCAUAUCAGCAUUUGCAACUGCUAAAUAGUGAAGGUCUAACAUCAAAACAUCCUCGCUUUGGUUGGAGCCGACUCUGAUAUUGAACUGCGUUCAUUGACUUGGGCUUUACGCCACAGCUACUGUGCCACCAUCAAAGGCAAUUCUCAAUUAAAAGGGCGAGGCUGCAAAAACUGCUCACAAACCGGAGUUUAUACUUUCGGCAAAGGCUUGUUUCACCCAUCGCGUCUUGUUCCCUAUCGUUGAUAUCUUGGUCAAAUCACUCAACUAUAAAAUAUGAAAAUUUAUAUCAAAAAUGAUUUUCUCUUCGUUCGUUCUUGUUUUGAUACUUUUUCAACAUGCUUCUUAGGAUGAUAUUCGCUCGUUUUUCUCUCUUCGGUUUUUCGGCAACGAGAAUGCUGUGAAUCGAAAACAAUUCCUUUAGAGAUGGAAGAUAAGAGUUAUAAUAAAAUGAAUAAUGCAUUUUUAAUUUCUCAUAUUUGUAUUUCUGAAGUCGCCAGGAAGCUUAUCAUUUAGGUUAUUAAAUAAUUCAGUACGCGUGCCCUUUAAAAAGAACUCUCACUAUUUUCAAAAUAUAGGACUUUAGACUUUAGAAAUUAAGAAAGUUUUAGUUUUGAAUCAUUUUACAUGACCAUUUAUCUAAGUACCGUGGGAUGCCCUAAUUUCAUGUCGGUCCAAACUUCGCUAACUGAUAACAUUUAGCGAUUAUAAUCAUUGAACUAAUUAUGCAAUUGUCGAUAUUUCACUUUAGCUAUAAUACCGAAAGUGAAAUUAGGACAUUUCAACAAUUGGUUCAACGAUUUUAAUCUUUUCGGGCAUUUUCAUCUUCUUUUUCUUCGUGGCGUAACAUGGUAACCAGGACAAAGCUUGCUUAUCAGCUUUCUUUUAGUGUUCGAUGAACACUGCCUCUGUUUUUAACUGAGAACUUUGUCUUACUAUGUAUAACAAAAUGACCGGGCAGCCCGGGAAUCGAACUUGUCACCCACGGCGUACAACACUUACAAGGUGAUACUUUUCGGAAAACUGACUGUUUUUUUAUAACGUAACUCAAAUUGUUCAAAGGCGUGAACAAAACGAUUUAUUUCUCUACACCAGUUUGAUCAUUGUAGAAAAACGAUAAGAAUGAUACAUCACAGACAAACAGACGUCUCACUCUACUAUUUUCCCAUCGUUUCUCUUCUUAACAAUCUAUUCAAAUAUUGUUUAGUUCGCAAAUCUCUCGCUCAUGGCGUUCGCAUCCUUUUUUCUCCUGUUUAACAUUUGCUCACUGCCACCAUCUACACGGAGCCCAAAUUUGAGUUCUUUUGACGCAACCCCAUAAUUUGGCCCAAUAAUUCAAAUUUGAGUAAAUAGAUUAAACUCACACUAGGUAGUUUGCCUUUAACUACAGCAAAAAAAACUACUCAAGAGUAGGUAAAUUCAACCCAAUCGUGAGUUUUUUUUUUCAAUUUUUUUCAAUUUUGACAGAAGCGGCAUUUACUCAAAAUUGGCUUAUUGGGCCAACGUACCGCGGUGGGUAGAGGUGUAAGAUGACUGUCAACUGGGAACAAAUUUCGCCUACCCUCUAUCAUGUUUUAGAACCAGUAAAAAGACGUAACUACCAAACAAGAAAAUUUCAUAUUCAUUUGCAAUAUUGAUUUUAAUAACGUUUUAUUAUGAUUCAAACAUAAAAGAUGUUAUAUUCAACAUAUUAGAUUGAGAAAUGUCAUUCCGAGAAAAUCAGUGUUCUGUUUUCACCAUUAUGAAAUAUUAGCCUUUACAGCCUCUUUUGUUUCUGUUGUUGUUUUGUUUGACGGAAUGUUGAUGUGUGGAAAUUAGCUGAAAAUUGAAAACUCCCUGGGCUAUUAUUUUGCUUGAAUGUGAGGAUUAUUGAACACUAUGACUCAAGAAAUUAAGCUACACAUCGAAAACACUGAUCAUAAGCAUGAAAAUCGAGAGAAAAACACUGAUGUUUAUGCUACUGUUUAUGUUUUUGAAACAUUAAACAAAAGAUGUUUACAAAUAAGAACCAACAGUACACUGAAAAACGAGAGAACCCAAAUUUAAGUAUUUUUAAACUCACUUUUGAGUUCUUUUUUGCAUCCUGUUUCAUUGGUUUCAUUCGCUCUCUUUAUUGUUGUCAGAGAGUGAAUAGCAAAACAACCAAACUUUCAGAGUUCGAUGCGGGAAGCCAAAAUUGAGUAAGUGGCACAGUACCGAAAGUUGAGUAAUUUUAACUGACGGUUGAGUAAAAAGAACCUUGACUUUAGGAACUUUGGCCGUAUACGCCUAAAUGCAAACUACCUACCUAAGCAUAGACUUCAGCAACUCAAAAUUGGCGUCCCGCACGCAACCUCGAAGUUGGGUGGAAUGAACUCAGUUUUGGGUACUUUCGUUUUUCCUUGUAGAUGAUGCGCAGAUGGGCAUGAUUGGGUGGGCGUAGAGGGUAGGAUCUUACACCCCUGCCGGUGGGUCGAUGCAUCUCGCUUUGUUUUUGACAACAUCGGUGGGGGAGAUAGAGAAAACAACAUAUUCUACUAGAAUUGGUGAUUUUAGGACCCUGAUGGGCAAAAAUGUGCUCAGAAUUGCGAUAUCUCUUUUCGUUUUUUAGUUAUAUAACCUGAGAGCUUCCAUGACAACUUCGCAUUUGCAUCGUGCCCAAGAAAGUGUUUGCACACAGGAGUUUGUAAUUUUCCACCGAUGAUUGUCUGAAACGCCUUACGCUAAAGAAAAAUUUAAAGUAUUUCGGUAUACCUUUUGACGUAUAAGCUUGUGACCGUAGAGGACCUUCGGAAGAAUCAGCUUUCUAUAUAUAUCUCUCUGUAUACAGAGAGCAUUCGUUUCGUGUUUGCAAGUUAUGGGAAAUUUCUCGGCGAAAUAAGCAUUCCGGAGCAUGUAUUCGAAAAAAUGAAUAUUCAAAUCAUUCUUGAUAUCUUUUCACAAAACUUUUUUGUUUCCAACAAUCAUCGUUUUUGGUAAAUUAAAAAAAAAGAUUUGACUGUUCUUGACUACCAUUCUUCCGUAGGCUUACGGUGAAAGUUUCAGAAUGUUGACAACCGAGAUUACGACAGACGAUGGAUUGAAGACAAACGAUGGUAUCGUACAGUGGGACGGAUUAAAAAAGUGAGACAUUGGGUUUUGUGGUAAAACUAUUGAUCUGAGAGAGUGGAGACAGCUCACUGAAAGCCACGAUGUAUACAUUUUCCUCUUCUUCUUUUAACAAUUUUGUGCGGAGCACAACGGUUUGAAAAUAUAUGAUUGGUCAAAACUGAUUUGCAUAUUGAGUUCACAGAAACAGAUCAUUGAAAAUUAAUAGAUUCGUUGCACUGAUUAAGGAAAACUGACCAUCAUAUUUUUUUGUUUGGAUACAACAAACGGAGCGAGAUUCCAAUAAGAUGUUUUGGGUAUUUGGCCACCCCACACCAUCUAUGUGAGAAUUUCAGCUCGGUUUGCGGUAAUAGUUUGUGACAGGUGUGACAUUAAGUAGCACGCAAUCGAAGCGAGCUGUCUCCUAUCCCUCAGCCAUUCGACCGAACUUUUUAUUAUUGUAAAUAGUAGCUCUAUCUUUCCUCUUUUCAACAACAAUUCGUUUUGAGGUGGUUGUUGGAGAAACUUUCGAGUUAUAACGGUUUAAGUGAGACACCAUUUGACCAAAAUCGAGGGGUCUGCAAAAAUUGUUGAGGCUCUAAUUAACGGAGGGUCCAUCAAUUUGAGUAACCAAAUGCAUUUUUUUUUACUUUUUUAGCGAGGGCUUUCAGAAAAUCGGCACCUUAAACAUUUUUGAAGACAAGGUGUAAAUAGUGGGCCGGUCUCAGCGAGAAUUACCCAGAUGGAAAAUUGUAUCUCCAAAAGUAACAAAGUCAUGCCCAACAAUAGAAGCAUUUGUUGUAAGUUUGUUUUAAUUUGAUCGAUUUUAUAAUGUUCAGCAAGUGGAGCGGACCUGGUGUGAUGGUUAGAACACUUGACUAUCACGCCGAGGACCUGGGAUCGAUCCCACUCCCGACAAACUCGCAAAAUGUGAGUUGUUCCUUCGGAAGGGAAGUAAAGCGUGGGUCCCGAGAUGAACUAGCCUAGGGGCAAAAAUCUCGUUAAUACAGAUAAAAAAAAUGUUCAGCAAAGUUGUAGAUACCGUACAAAUGUAUAUAUUUUCUAAUACUGUAAAAUUCUAUUUCAUCAUUAAAACUAGUACGGCCAUCUUUUUUUUUUUUUUUUUUGGUGACGAACCAGCCAAGGGGCUGAAAGUCUCUUUAACCUUCCGUAACUCGCGCGGUUGACUACCUGCAUCAGCACCACGCUAAUGCUGAGUACAAAAAGCGAGACUUUUUCAACGUGUUGUACAAAAUACAACAGCGCGAUCGCUCGUGGGUUAAUAAAGACAAAUCAAUCAAUCAAUCAUUUUUUUGAAAUAGUACAAAGUUCAAAAUGUUGCAACUUUAAAGAUGCAGACAUUAGCAACUAAUUUUUGCACUAUUAUCGCACAUACACUAUCGAAGUCAGCCUUUUCUAUAUAAAUAAAAAUGGAAUGCUGUGUGUAUGCCACGAAUAGGCUCGGGAACGGGUCAACAGAUCUACACCAUUCUUUCAAGGUUCCAUUCGUGCGUUUCAUCCGACGGGAUCGUACGAAAAAAUAAUUGGGAAAAUCGACUGGGAACGCACCGAAAACGAGAAAGUUCGAAAAUUCAUUUUGCGGGGCAUUUUUAUACAGAGCAAAACACAGUAGACAAGCAGAACAACGUUUGCCGGGACAUCUAGUCUUCUAUAUAUAUAAAAAUGAGUUUGAAGUCCCUUUGAGGCAACAAAACUUACGAACGGCUGAACCGAUCGGGAUGAUUCUUGCAUGGUUAGAUUCAUGGUGGCUGUGUUUAUAUGUCCAAAAAAACGAAAAACAACUAGAAAAGUAAGAAAAUUGAUAAAGUACUGAUUUUCGUGAGCUGGAAAGGAAAUCAACACGAUUGAAAUGAAACCAAUCUAGGGUGCGGUGACGUUAUAACCUCAACAGUUGCCAAACCAUCACAGCUUGGCAAGACAAAGUUUGCCGGGACAGCUAGUUUUCAAUACUUUUGAUGUUCUGCAAAGUUGUACAGUUAUUUCAUAAAAUGCUUUUUGCAAUUCAGCAUUAUUUCUUUUAUAUAUAACUUAUUUAGAUAUCAUAAUGAUCUACUUUUCCGCACUGUUUCAUUAUGUAACUGAAAUGAGUUGCAUAAUGGAAAAUAGUUGCAUAAUGUUUAUUAGGUUGAUUUUUUUCAGCACGAGUCGUACAUUUAUCCAACGAGGCUUGCCAAGUUGGAUAAAUAAGAAGAGUGCUGAAAAAAAUCGAGUUUUGCAACGAGUAACAUUGUUAUUCAAUAUCUCGUUAUUCGAUCUCGCUCUGAAUUAAAUAUUUUGAACUUUUAUUAUGCCAACUGAAUAAAGCAGAAUGAAAUGCUCAAUUACUCCCCAUUUAGUUAUACCGGAAAACAACCUGAUUUCUAGGGUUGGAUCCAUCUAGACCAUCCACUCCCCUGUUUUACAAUGUACGUUUUCACGUGACUUUUUUAGUAUCAUUCAAUACGGUAGCUGUGUCAUCUUCGCUGUAUUCUUAAAAGGAAAAAAUAAAGGAAUAACAGAAGCGUAAAACAUAAUCUUUUUCUUUUAUGUGGUUUGCCAUUAUGCUCCAUGCCGAGCAAAGUCCAGAGUAGGAUGAUGGUUUACCGGGAGGAUUAUAUGAAAAAAUGUGCAAUGUUUUCCUUAUUGUAUUGCUAAAAAAAUAUAAAACGAAAAAAUCAAGAUCAUAAAAAGCAGAGGAGGAAAGGAAAACAUAGCGAAUCAUCUCACCGUUGUCGUUGCCGUCGUUGUCGCAACUGAGCACUGCUCUUUGGUCGCAUGACCUCACAGCCUCCUACGAUUGUCGGUGUCGGUAUUACAAGAAAGCUACAUCGAUAAACGAGUAGGGCGUACCCAUUUUGAUGUCAAUAAGUAAAAUCAAUUUUGUCUUGCCAUUUCACAGAAAUUAGAACGGAAGGGAAGCUCCGGUCUCAAAGAGAACUCCUGUGCGCUUUUCAAUUGUUUUUUUUUGUUUCAUCUCUACGAAUGACAUCGCCUCAGCUAGAGAACGAAAUUUACAUAUAUGGGCAUCAGAAAGUUAAAUCGAGCCGCCAACUUUUCGGAACAAAUUUUGGAGUACGCGCGUGCGGUGAAUCGCGAGCCUCAACCGUUAAACUCUAGACGCGGGAAGAAAUUUAACUAUGUACCUACACAGUGCUUCGGAGUUCGUGAGCGAUGUGUGAAAUUGUUCGGGCACUUGCUGUUGAAAUAUUUAAGUCACGUUUUUUGAAGGUCGCUCAACAGUGGCAUUAGAUUAAAUGUCUUUUUAUCGUCCGACUGCAUCUUUCCAAUAAAGAAUAGCAAUAUUUGUUUGAUUGUGUAAUAAUAAAUUCGUAAUUCAUGUGUUAAUUCAUAAUGACGUCUACAAUCUGCUCUUCGGGCGCAUAAGUCUACCAGCACUACCACGCUGAGCGUGUCUGGGUUCAAUGUCCGAUUAACCGUGUUUUCGCAAUGAAAAUUUUCUUGAAUUACCUGGGGUCAUACGAUAUAUGAAAAAAGCAAGUAAAAGCUUUGAGUAGGUGUUGUCCUAGACUUAAUGCCCGGAAAUUUAGGAAAUGUGUUUUUCUAGUUCAGUCAUAUUAUUGGGAUAAUAAUAACUACACGAUUUAAUAUGUGUAAACUGCCUCGUAGUAGCUGGUUAUGAAAGAUUUUAUAGAUAUAAUCAUUCAAUCACGGAAAUCAAUGCUUUCGUAUAUUUAUCAGGUUUGGAGUGUCGCAUUUUAUUAAAAAAAACGUAUGAAUUAUUUUUGGCAAAAAUAUAAAUAAAAAUCAAAAAGAUGCAUUACUUGGAAUGCUUUUUUUUCAGGGUGAGUUAACGUUUAUUGAAUAUGAAAUCAGAAUGCACCAUGCAUACGUUGAUUAAGAAGCCGGUGGCAAAAGCAUUCCACCAGCCGUGAGUGUGGAUAAAUGGUGGCACAAAUUGCAAUUAGCAUAUAGAUUGUUUUUAGAUUCUUUUUCUUCGUUAUCAUCCUUAUUUUGUUUUCUGCUGCUCUUUUGGCGAUAUUUUAUAAAAAACGUCCUUUAGAUUUUUGUUACCCAUGCGUCAGGUCCAGUGCAGUUCGAAAUCAAAAGAACACAAAUGAGAAAAUGAAUAACCCAAAGUACAGACGAGUAAGUCUGACUACCUCUUCUGAUGCUUCAUUGCAAUUCAAACGGCAAAGUAUCGUUUCUUCAGCUGCAUACCAUAAGUACGAGAAACAGAACGAAUGAACCAACGGUAAUUGACUUCAGUACCUGUGCUGGGAACAGUUCUCAGACUAUUUUUGCUAUCGGUAUUUUAUACUGACCCGACUCAUAAGUUUAACUUUUUAUUGGUAUUAAAUUAUCAUUAAAGUCAUUUUUGCUCUUCUCUUUUAGACUGCUUUAGAUUGGCAGUGAAAUAAGUAAUUGAUAGGAAGUUGCGUAUGAGCAAAUAUCUAAAAGCUACGGUUCGUGACUAUGAUGACGUCCAGCACCAACCAACUUUUUUACUUUAGGUGCUUUAAAAGUCAAUGUUGUUGAUAAAGUAUUCUUUUGUGACAAGAUUCGUCCAAAUCUCGUUCUAUGAUUAGAAAUUCGGGUUCCAAAUGAGCACGCAUUUCACAUUCUGUUUUCUAAAGUGAAGGUUGUUAGGUAGAUUUAUUUUCACUGAACUUGAUUGAUAUGGGUUUUGAAAAAACAAAAACUAUAUUUUCUAAACAAGGCUCAACACACAGGGUCGAAUAUUUGACAAGGAAUGAACUAAACAUCAAUGCUAAUGACUCUAAUGAAAAUUCGAUCGAGUCAAACAAGAUGUUUGAGCAUUGGUUUCUUUUAGGACAAAUAUUUGACCCCGUGUAAUGGAAUUUUAACAAAUGUGGCGACAAUGGCGCCUGCCACGUCAGGAUGCAAGUCAAUGUGGAGAAGGGAAAGUAAGUGAUGAUUACAAAUGCAAUCGUUUGUAUCUACAGCAGACCGCAUUCAUGUAUCCAUGCAAAUUUCGGAGGGUUGGUAGGAUAUGGCUGGCAAUGGGUUCACACAUUGGUGCGUGGAUGCCAAAGGUAAGGUGAUAGAUUAGUGUAUUUAUUACUCUGAAGAUAAUGCGGCACAGUUUGCUUGAGUGCAUAACUCAUAGGAGUUAUAUGAUAUAUUGAAACUGUUCCCGUUCCUGUUCUAGCGAUGCACAUGUGAACAUACAUGAGUUGUAUAUGUAGAGAGGAGGGAGAAAGAAUUUAGAAAGAUUCAAAGUAUGAUGAAAGGGUCGGGUCAGGGAUUGAACCCAGGACCUUCUGCAUAGGAAUCACAAGCGGUAGUCACUAGAACACCAAGUCCGUCGGUUUUGCCGUUCUCAAAACUAGAAACAGUAAAACUAGAAAGAAUAGUCUAAGUUUGAAAGAAGGGGAAAUUCCAGGCAAUUCAGAGAUAAAACAUCAUUUUAAGAUAAUCUAUCUAUCUGUCUA